UUGUAUUUUUCAACUUCUUUCACAAUUGCUCAACUUUUCAGGGGACUUGCUCUGUUAAUACGGGUAAAACUAGACUGUAGACGGCGAUUGAAGGCAAAUCGUCCACUUCACGAAGUAUUUCUAGAACAGGUACGGAAACAUCCGCAAAAGGUUGCGUGCGUUGAAAUCGAAACGGGUCGACAGGUCACUUUUGAUGAACUGAACAGAAUCUUGAAUAAGUAUGCUAAUUACUUCGAUGUGAGUCAUCUUUUCAUGUGUCUUUCACAGAGUUUGGGAUACAAGAAAGGCGAUGUUGUAUCUAUAUUUAUGGAAAACGGCAUAGACUUCUUUGCUGUAUGGUUGGGAUUGUCAAAGGUAUGUUUGAAAUGACU